AUGCCACGACUUAUAAAAAGACUAAAACAAAUGAAUAAUUUGUCAAGAAAACAAGGUUGUUUUGAGUCUCAAAAUAAAGUACAAGAAAUUACUAACAUCCAAGAAAAACCUGCAUUGACAGUGCAAAAAGUUAAUGAAGCUAUAA